AUGGUGAAAGAAUUCUCUGAUUACUUUCCAGGACUUUCACAGCCCUUCUCCAUAUGCAAUAGUACGGUCAACGCAACUGCAGGAAAUGUUUACGUUGCUGCAUCUGAAUUUUCUCUCUUAAAUGCGGGUGAAACUUCAUCCGGUGGUGCAAUUAACAUUAUAAAUUCCGUACGAAUUGCUAUAACUCUUUCAAAGUUUACCGGAUGCAUGUCAGGAAGAGCUGGUGGCGCAAUUUUCGUUGAUCCUCUUGGCAAGGAUAAUGGCCUUUACAUUGAAAAAUGCAUUGGCUCGCUAUGUUAUACAUACUCAUCAGACCCUGAUGUCAGUUUUUACCAUCAAGGACAGUGGGCUAUGGCAAUUACAAAUUCUGAUAGCUGUAUCAACACAAUAACAUACUGCUCCAUCGAACAAUGCGCGCCUUAUAAUUACUUCACUAACCAACGUCCUAUUGCAGCAGUUAAUGGCCAUAUUGAUCUUAAUAACCUUAAUAUUUCAAAUUGUGUCUCUGCAUACUGUGGAGGCUUCUAUGUAGAUGGUGGGUUUGACAAAGUUUCCAAUGUAAUACUUGCAAACUGCAUUGUUGAAAAGUAUGCAUUAAUUGAAGUCAAAAACUGCACAGGCAAGUUCCACAAUGUUUUACUUCUUGGUAUCCAACAUAAUACAGAUGCAACAAUCAUUGAAUCAUAUCCAUUGCUUAUCAUUUUCCAAAGUAAUUUGAUUUUCGACUUUUUAAACGUUGUUAACUGCACUUCUAAGGAUCCAAGCUUACUAAGAGUUGAUACACAAGAUGGAGACUCUACAAUUCUCUUCAAUAACUCAUACGUCCAAGGCGAUUUAUCAAUUGAAGGUUUUACAUCCCAUUAUCCAUAUUCACUUCCAUUAGUAAUCGAUUUCAACUUGUUCAACGAAGAACAAAGACAAUCCGAAAAGCUUGACUACCUUCACUAUACAACACCUCCAACAACAAUUCCUUCUGCUUCUCCUUCAUCUACUCCUGAUGCUACACCAUCUUCUUCUGACGAACAGGAUGAUAAUAAGGCAAAGAAAAACAAGGUCAUGAUAGCAAUAAUUAGUGUAGCUGGAUUUAUCGUUUUGGCUGCAAUUAUUGUUGCUGUUGUCAUUGCUAUCAUAAGAUAUAGAGGUACACAUUAUAAUGUGAAGACUAGUGAUUACGCAGAUGGCACAGAAGGAAAAGCUGGUGAUGAGGGGUUCCUUACUCAAGAUAAUUUAUAA